AUGGGAUGCCUCUUGGUUGUCACGAACUAUACUGGUGAUCGCUUGAACUUUGGCAUAGCGGCUGAGCAAGCAAAAACUGAAGGUUUCAAAGUAGAGACUGUGAUUGUUGGAGAUGAUUGUGCUCUACCCCCGCCUCGUGGUAUAGCUGGACGCAGAGGUUUAGCCGGAACAAUUCUUGUCCAUAAGGUUGCUGGAGCAGCAGCAGCUGCUGGUCUUUCUCUAGCUGAAGUUACGGCAGAGGCAAAACGUGCAUCUGAUAUGGUUGGGACCAUGGGUGUUGCUCUGUCUGUUUGUGCGCUUCCGGGACAAGUGACAUCAGAUCGUUUGGGUCCAGAGAAAAUGGAACUUGGGCUUGGAGUUCAUGGAGAACCUGGUGCUGCUGUGGUCGACAUUCAACCUGUGGAUAUUGUAGUUUCCCAUGUUCUUCAACAGAUACUGAGUCCAGAGACUAAUUGUGUUCCAAUUACACGUGGUAACAGUGUGGUUCUUAUGUUCAAUGGCUUAGGUGGUACCCCUCUAAUGGAACUUAUGAUUGCUGCUGGAAAAGCAGUCCCUAAAUUACAGGUGGAGUUUGGACUUGCUGUUGAUAGGGUGUAUACUGGAUCAUUUAUGACAUCUCUUGACAUGGCAGGGUUCUCGAUAUCCAUCUUGAAGGCUGACCAGUCUAUCUUAGAGCGUCUGGAUGCUCCGACCAAGGCUCCUAGUUGGCCAGUUGGCACAGAUGGGAACCGCCCACCAGCAAAGAUCCCUGUUCCAGUGCCUCCCUUCCGAUCAACAAAAAACGAAGAGGUAAGCAUUAGUAGUCUCCAAGCAGACCUCAAGAGCUUGCUUACUCAACAAGGUCGAAUUCUUGAAGCAGCAGCAAAUGUGGUCAUCAGUCUAAAGGGUAGUAGUUUGAACGAAUGUGAUGGAAAAGUACGUGAUGGAGACUGUGGAUCAACAGAUCCAGCGGCUAAAGAAGAAAGAUGCAAAAUGAGAGGACUCUUGACACUCUCAAGAGUAAGGUUCGAGCUCGGGAGAAGAAGAACAAGAAGAAUGUCUGCAACAUCGGUACCUCCAAUGGCGGAAUUUCUCACUAAAAAUCCUUACUCUCCUCCUUCUUGGGCUUCUCAUCUUCGUCCGAUUCCUUCUCACACCUUCUCCCUCGCUCACCUUCCUACUCCGAUUCACCGGUGGAAUCUUCCUGGUCUUCCUAAUGGCACUGAACUAUGGAUCAAGCGAGAUGACUUCACCGGAAUGGAAUUGAGCGGAAACAAAGUCCGAAAACUCGAAUUCCUUCUGGCCGACGCCGUCGAUCAACAAGCCGAUACAGUCAUCACCAUCGGCGGUAUCCAGAGCAAUCACUGCCGCGCCACAACCGUCGCAUCUAACUACCUCAAUCUCAAUACUCAUCUUAUUCUCCGCACUUCCAAGCUUCUUGCUGACGGAGAUCCUGGCUUGGUUGGGAAUCUCCUCGUUGAGCGUCUCGUUGGAGCUAAUGUUCAUCUCAUUUCAAAGGAAGAGUAUUCCUCCAUUGGGAGUGAGGCUCUUACUAAUGCACUGAAAGAGAAGCUGGAAAAGGAAGGGAAGAAACCUUAUGUUAUUCCGGUUGGUGGAUCAAACUCUUUAGGAACUUGGGGUUAUAUCGAAGCAGCAAGGGAAAUUGAGGAGCAGCUAAAAAGUAGAACUGAUGGCUUAAAGUUUGAUGAUAUUGUAGUAGCAUGUGGCAGUGGUGGUACAAUUGCUGGUAUUUCAUUAGGGUCUUGGUUGGGAGCUCUAAAAGCCAAGGUCCAUGCCUUCUCGGUUUGUGAUGAUCCUGAUUACUUCUAUGACUAUGUCCAAGGCCUUUUGGAUGGACUUCAAGCUGGUGUUAACUCCCGUGAUAUUGUUACCAUCCACAAUGCGAAAGGAAACGGAUAUGCGAUGAACACGACAGAGGAGCUUAAGUUUGUGAAGGAAGUAGCAAGUGCAACUAGUGUUAUUCUUGAUCCUGUCUACAGUGGGAAAGCUGCGUACGGUUUGAUAAAUGAGAUGAGCAAAGAUCCCAAAAACUGGGAGGGGAAGAAGAUAUUGUUCAUACACACUGGUGGGCUUCUAGGGUUGUAUGAUAAGGUUGAUCAAAUAGCCUCUCUGAUGGGUAAUUGGAGCCGGAUGGAUGUUGGAGAAUCCGUCCCAAGAAAAGAUGGUGUUGGGAAAAUGUUCUAA